AUGGCUAGGUUUGACGCCAUUUUAAGCGUCCUAUUUGUCGAUUCCAAGAGAUAUGGUGCUGUUGGUCCACCAAUUAAGCGAGACUUGCGCAUUGGCACGGAGGAAGACGUGGUGGAAUACUAUCAAGAUGAUAGCGCCAACGAUGAAGCGGAGUAUCGGGUGCCAUUGAGUACGCGAGAUAGCAUUAAGACCCCGGUCACGCCGGCUUUCCCCUCGUGGACAACCGAGCAGCUGGAGGAGUAUCAGACCUUCAUGAGGAGCUGGACUUGGACGCUGCGGAGUCGGAUGCGGAUAUGUGCCAAUGACUUGGACGGUCACGAGCACUAG